CUCUCCUCUCUGUCGUCUGGUCUUUGUUUUGUGGCAUCUGAAGAGAGUUUGAGAGGAAGAAGAAGAAGAGCGAGAUGGCAUGGAGAGGAAGCAUAUCGAAGUCAAUGAAAGAGCUAAGGAUCCUUCUAUGUCAAUCGUCUCCGGCGAGUGCUCCGGCCAGAACUUUUGUAGAGAAGAAUUACAAAGAUUUGAAGUCUCUAAACCCUAAAUUCCCAAUCUUGAUCCGUGAAUGUAGUGGGAUCCAGCCUCAGAUGUGGGCAAGAUAUGAUAUGGGUGUGGAGAGGUGUGUAAACUUGGAUGGUCUGAGCGAGCCACAGAUUGUAAAGGCCCUUGAAAACCUUGUGAAAUCUGGAGCUACAGGAGCAUAAGGUUGUUUCUUUGUUUAUCUAAAUGAUUCCGAAUAAGAUUUAACCGGAAACUCAGCUUGACAUUUCCUGUCACUUUAUUACUUUGUAACUCUGUGGUUUCAUAUCGCCUUGCGUUUAAGUUGGUUCUCUUUGUAAUCCUUAAACUUGGAAUAAAUCCUACCCGUUCCAUAUACAGUUGAAACCAUAAGGAAACAAAAAUUAAACA